AUGUGGUCCUCGCCCAUCUCAAAGAAAAACCGCUCUAAGAAUGUGGAUCCGUGUUUGGAUGGACAUGUUAAGAAACUGAACGUAGAUGCCAAUUUAAAGAAUCCGAUGCAGAAAAGUUAUUCUACCAGUACAGUGGAAAAUGAACAAGGUGCUAAAAAAGGAAGUAACGAUUUAAAGGAUACUACUACUACUACAGCUCAUAGUAAUAUUAAAUCGGACAAAAAGAAUCCCUUGUCCCAGUUUUAUUACAAUGGCGUAGAAUCAAAUCGUAAACCACGCUUACGUACUUCGAUUGUGGAGGGUAUUACGAAAGGGAAGAAGAUCGACGAUAAGGAGGAACGUAAUCGAAGUGUUAAGUAUCAUUGCGAGUCUACUACGAAAAAGUUUUUGUGGAGUGGAAAUUUUCAUCCUUUAAGAAAUCUUGGUAGAUCGUCGUUGACUGUAGAACCUGAUAAAAUCACCAUAAGCUCGUCAAAAUAUUCGCCAUGUGCUAGUAGGCUCGCAGCUAGUUCGAAGAUAUUAUCUAACGAUUUAGGGGCAAAUUCUGACAGUCCUUUGCAUGUACCAAGAUCGAGAAGUCCAUCCCGAUUGGACGUACAACCAACGGAAAAUAAUUUGCCGAAGAACGUCGUUAUUGACGAAAGAACGUCGAUGCAGGGAAGUUUGUCAUUAAAUAUACAACAAUUUUUAAAGACUAAAUGUGCACCACGUAGUAAAAGUGUCGACGACAGUUGUGUAACUUCACUGACUAGCGAAGCUACGACGCUUAGUUAUUCACCCACUAGCACGGAGGUAUUGUCUUUAGGAGAGGUCGGUCAGCAAACGUCCUCGGCCGAAGGCUCUGCUAGUUAUUCUGAAGUGAUGAAAGAGAAACUGGUCAUAGAGUGCUCUGAUAAAGUUCAAAGAGCGUCAUUAGAAACUAAGUGUUAAUAACUCUGAUACAUUUCGCUCAUUGCUGUUCCGCCAAUUUCUCUCUUCCAAAUACCUUUAAAAAAAACAAACAAACAAACAAACAAACAAACAAACAAACAAACAAA